AUGUUUUUGAUUUCAAGUGCGACCCCGGAUGUCACGGCUACCCCAAUGAGCAAUGAACCGUCUCAUGAAGAGAUGAUGGGCACCGAACAGGAGAGUUAUUACUACAAUGAUUUGGAUAGGAAGUAUUGGCGACGCAGAUCGGGUCCAUGUGCUCAACAUCAUCUGCGUCUUGGGAUAUACGGAAGUUUUCCACGCUCAAAAUCGGUCUCUCUACGGAGCGCGCUCAGCAUGAUCCAACCAAUGCCCAUUGGAGAGGGUAUUUUUUGGCUGAAACUAGGCUGGUCGUAUUGUUGA